UUUGUUUCCCCGGAUCCGCCAUUUCAUUUUUUGAAGUUACUUGUGACAAGUUACAAGAUUUGAUCAAAAUCGUAUUGUUUUACAACUGGGUUGGGUAAGUUGUAAUCGACAUAUUUUAAUCGGGUGAUCAGACACGUUUUGUACGAGGACCGGCUUUUGGAUUUUAACUUGAUGGGCAUUGGCAAGUUGCGGAUGUCGCCUAUUUUCCAAACGUGUUCUACGCGCUAAAGUUUUUGUAUGAGUUGAAUGCUGGUUGUGGAUAAGGGGAUUCAAAGGGAAGGCCCGUGAAGCCUCGGCUUUGGAGUGGGAGUCAUGGCCGGAAAUUUUGACGCAGAGGAUCGUGCAAGUUGGUACUGGGGAAGAUUAAGUAGACAGGAGGCAGUUUCACUUUUACAAGGACAGAGACACGGAGUGUUUUUGGUGAGAGACUCAAUUACAAGCCCUGGCGACUACGUCCUGUCUGUUUCAGAGAAUUCCAAAGUCUCGCAUUACAUAAUCAACAGCAUCAGCAACAACCGGCAGUCUGGCUCAGGCCAGGCGCCUCCACGCUUCCGCAUAGGGGACCAGGAGUUUGACGCCCUCCACUCCCUGCUGGAGUUCUACAAGAUCCACUACCUGGACACCACCACUCUGAUAGAGCCCAUCAACAAGGCCAAACACUCUCCCUUGGUCAGCGUCAACGCAGGUGCUGGAGGCCCGCCGCAGCGGCAGGAAGACGAGAUGGUCCGUGCCCUCUUCGACUUCCCAGGCAACGACGAUGAAGAUCUGCCUUUCAAAAAGGGCGACAUCCUGCGGGUCCUGGAGAAGCCUGAGGAGCAGUGGUGGAACGCCAAGAAUUUAGAGGGGCGUGCCGGGAUGAUCCCUGUGCCCUACGUGGAGAAGUACCGACCGGCCUCUCCCACCUCGGGGGGCCUUGGAACAGGGUGUCCAGGUGGGGUGGGCUCGGUAGACGGCUCAAGUGUUCAGGGCCCUCCUCUGCUAGACCCGAGCCAGUACGCCCAGCCCACACCUCUGCCCAACCUGCAGAAUGGACCCGUCUUUGCCAGGGCCAUCCAGAAGAGGGUGCCCAAUGCCUACGACAAGACCGCCCUUGCAUUAGAGGUGGGCGACAUGGUGAAGGUGACAAAGAUCAAUGUGAACGGCCAGUGGGAGGGCGAGUGCAAGGGCAAACGAGGCCACUUCCCCUUCACACAUGUUAAGCUGCUGGACCAUAAUAACCCCGAGGACGACGUGAGCUGAGAGUGGACACUGGGCUCCUUGGGCUCCUCCCAUCCCUCACCCUGCCCUUACACACACACAGACACUCACUCCCUCACAUGCCACCAUCAGCCCUGUGCCAAUCAGCAGCCUCCGCAUGGCCACACUCACACACACACACCACUUCCUCUUCCUCAGUUGGCCCUGUUAGAUCAUCAUUACGCUGUGUCUUCGUCUCACACACCACCAUUAUUUAUACCACUUCAGCACCAUGGCCAGCUCUAUCAAAACACACACAUUCCCCUUCUAAAGAAGAAAGACUCAGGCCUUGUCUGAUGGGAUGAGGACAGCGGCUGUGUAAUACAAAGAGGAAGAUGGGGAGUGUGUGGUCGAAAUGCUCUCUUGGGCUGGAAUCGUACACACAGAGAUCCAUGGAGAAACACUUUUCUCUGGCUGUCGAAGAGAGCCGUUAGAAUGACACUACACUGUACACAAAACUAUCAUCCUCACUACAAAUCCACGACCAAGUAACUAGUAGUCUUUUUGUAAGGGAAAAAAAGAACAUAUCGUUAUGAAAUUAUUGAGAACCAUUACAUGCUAAAAUCAUGUCUUUUUUGUUGGUUUUUUUGGCCUCGUUUUUCUGAGAAGAUUGCCAGUCCACCACUAUUGCGGCGAUCUCGUCAAAUGUGUCAGCUAUGUUGUGAGCUUGCGGUAUUGUCAGGCGCUGACCCUCUCUGUCUUACUUGUUUGUGUCUGUCUUGCCUUGCUUGUCUGUGCUCUUUGACAAGCCUUUGUCUGCUCCACUCCUACUCUGAAUCACUGAGACGUCGUUCUUUCCCACCCACGGCUGUUAACUAGUUCUAAAUAUUGGAGAUGCCUUUUGUAUGAUCUGCCAGGGUUGUGGAAACGUUCUGCCAUAUCAUAUAAUACCAUAGCCAAGGAUAGAUGGUUAAAAUGACAUUUUCUUUUGUAUGACAUAAGCUCAAUGGUAACAUGAAUUGUCUUUCUCCUGGGAAGCUUUUAGAUUCUAUACUGAUUACGGUAGUACUUGUUCUCCUGUACACGUUGGUUACAAGGUCAAGGCA